AGCGCAGAAUUUCUCUGUCCGGUUCCGGCUGAAAAGUAGGGGGAUAGAUGAAUAGUACGGCCAUCGGAUUCGAGGUUCGAGCUGGACAUGCCGCAACAACCUUGUCCAGAUCAAACAGGGACAGCAGCGUUUGGUGAUGAGCCGACGAGGUGAAAAGUUGCAGUAACUGGCAGGUUUGACGGACUCCAGGUCUUGCCUCUAGUGGCGGUCAAGCUGAGAUAAGGAGUGACAAUUAAGUGAGUGGAUGCGACAAUGCUGUAAAACCGUUUUUAAACCCCCGGGACCUGGGAGGCUGCUGAGCAAAGUUCAGAGUUCACAAACCACCACACCCAGCGGCACCAUAGACACCAAGCAGAACAGGCUGCUGAGCUCCGGCCGACCGAAGGUGCUCCAUUCUCUCUCCUCAUCAUUAUUGAUAUUUGCAGGAUCGAUCACUUGAGGUAACAUGGGCCUCACGUGUGAUACACAAACUGCAAAACUGGCCAUUAUACUACUAGCAUUCAUACUGCUAUGUCAUGGGAUUGGCAACGUCGAUUGCCGUGGGAACAGAGCCGAUCAGCUCUCACUGCUUGAUUUCAAGAAGGGCAUCACCAACGAUCCAUAUGGAGCCUUGGCCACUUGGAACACCAGCACACAUUUCUGUAGGUGGCAAGGUGUCAAGUGCACCUCCACUGGGCCAUGGCGCGUCAUGGCGCUCAAUCUCUCCAGCCAAAGUUUGACAGGCCAAAUAAGGUCCUCUCUCGGAAACCUAUCCUUCCUUAAUAUACUUGACCUCGGCGAUAAUAACUUACUUGGCUCCUUACCUCGCCUUGGCAAUCUUAAGCAACUUCAGGCACUCUAUCUGUAUAAAAACAAUUUGACAGGGAUAAUUCCUGAUGAACUUACAAAUUGUUCCAGCUUAACGUACAUAGACCUCUCAGGAAAUGCCCUAACUGGUGCACUUCCUCCAAAUUUAGGCUCUCUGUCCAAUCUAGCUUAUCUUUAUCUUUCUGCGAACAAGCUAACUGGAACCAUCCCGCAGGCCCUUGGCAACAUCACCACCUUGGUAGAAAUCUAUCUUGAUACAAAUCGAUUCGAAGGGGGCAUUCCAGACAAGCUUUGGCAAUUGCCGAACUUGACAAUUUUGGCCCUAGGUCAAAACAUGCUAUCGGGUGAUAUCCCAUUUAACUUCUCCAGCCUUUCUCUUCAACUUUUAAGCUUGGAAUACAAUAUGUUCGGCAAGGUAUUGCCACAAAACAUUAGUGAUAUGGUACCUAAUCUCCAAAUUCUUCGCUUGGAUUACAAUAUGUUCCAAGGUCAAAUCCCAUCUUCUCUAGGAAAUGCUUUGCAGCUAACAGAAAUAAGUAUGGCAAACAACUACUUCACCGGGCAAAUUCCUAGCUCUUUCGGAAAGCUUUCUAAACUCUCCUAUAUUAGUCUCGAAAAUAAUAGCCUAGAGGCUUCUGAUGGCCAAGGCUGGGAGUUCCUACACGCGUUGAGAAACUGUAGUAAUCUAGAACUGUUGUCACUGGCUCAAAAUCAGCUACAAGGAGAAAUACCGAAUUCAAUUGGGGACCUUCCGCUCAAACUUCAACAGCUAGUGCUGAGUGAAAAUAAGCUAUCAGGAGAAGUUCCAGCAAGCAUAGGAAACCUUCAGGGCCUGUUUAGGUUAAGUCUAGAUUUGAACAAUCUUACUGGCAAAAUAGAUGAGUGGGUUCCAAAGCUUACAAAACUGCAAAAAUUACUUCUCCACAGGAACAACUUUAGCGGGUCGAUUCCAUCGUCUAUAGCAGAGCUUCCUCGUUUGUCAACGCUUUCACUAGCAUAUAAUGCAUUUGAUGGUCCCAUACCAUCCUCAUUGGGAAACCUUUCAGGACUCCAGAAGUUAUAUCUAAGUCAUAAUAAUCUCGAAGGUGUCAUACCUCCAGAGCUUAGUUACCUUAAACAACUAAUAAAUCUAAGUUUAUCAGAAAACAAGCUUACUGGGGAGAUCCCUGGCACUUUGAGCCAGUGUAAAGACCUGGCAAACAUCCAAAUGGGCAAUAACUUCCUUACUGGCAAUAUCCCAGUAACUUUUGGCGACCUAAAGAGCCUGGGCGUACUCAAUCUUUCCCAUAACAGCUUGUCGGGCACAAUUCCGACUACACUAAAUGAUCUACCAGUCAUGAGCAAACUGGACCUUUCAUACAAUCGUCUCCAAGGAAAAAUACCAAUGACUGGAAUAUUUGCAAAUCCUACUGUUGUUUCGGUCCAGGGAAACAUAGGACUAUGUGGAGGAGUGAUGGAUCUCCGUAUGCCCCCAUGCCAAGUUGUUUCCCAGAGAAGAAAAACACAGUACUAUUUGAUUAGAGUAUUGAUCCCUAUAUUUGGCUUCAUGUCACUCAUAUUAGUGGUCUACUUCUUACUUCUUGAGAAGAUGAAGCCAAGAGAAAAAUAUAUAUCCUCGCAAUCUUUUGGUGAGAAUUUCCUUAAAGUCUCAUAUAAUGAUCUAGCUCAAGCCACAAGAAACUUCUCGGAGGCUAACCUUAUUGGCAAAGGAAGCUAUGGUACGGUGUACAGAGGUAAGUUGAAGGAAUGUAAGUUGGAAGUAGCCGUGAAGGUUUUUGACCUUGAGAUGCGAGGUGCCGAAAGAAGCUUCAUAUCGGAAUGUGAAGCUCUCAGAAGCAUUCAACAUAGAAAUCUUCUUCCAAUCAUAACUGCAUGCUCGACCGUGGACAGUACGGGCAACGUUUUCAAAGCUUUAGUUUACGAGUACAUGCCUAAUGGCAACUUGGACACUUGGAUACAUGACAAAGAGGGUGGGAAAGCUCCCGGACGUUUGGGUUUAAGACAAACAAUUAGCAUAUGUGUUAACAUAGCCGAUGCACUGGACUAUUUACACCAUGAAUGCGGAAGAACAACUAUCCAUUGUGAUUUGAAACCCAGCAAUAUACUUUUAGCUGAUGACAUGAAUGCUCUUUUGGGAGAUUUUGGCAUUGCAAGAUUUUAUAUCGACUCUUGGUCGACAUCAACAGGUUCGAAUAGUACAGUCGGUGUUAAGGGUACCAUAGGGUAUAUUCCUCCAGAGUACGCGGGAGGUGGUCAUCCAUCUACUUCUGGGGAUGUUUAUAGUUUCGGGAUAGUGAUCCUGGAGCUUAUAACAGGAAAAAGACCGACUGAUCCUAUGUUCAAAGACGGACUCGACAUUAUCAGCUUUGUCGAGAGUAACUUUCCACACCAGAUAUUUCAAGUGAUUGAUGCUCGACUCGCAGAAAAGUCCAUGGACUCCAAUCAAACAAAUAUGACACUGGAAAAUGCUGUCCACCAGUGCUUGAUAUCUCUGCUACAACUUGCGCUUUCUUGUACGCGCAAAUUACCAAGUGAUCGCAUGAACAUGAAACAAAUAGCCAACAAGAUGCAUUCAAUCAAGACGACAUAUGUUGGAUUGGAAGCUAAGAAAUAUGGUCCGGCAUGUAAUGAACAAGAUGCAUGAAACCCCACGCGUUAUUACAGGCGACCCUGAGUCGCGCACAACAAUUGCAACAUAUUGAUAAGUGUAUAGUCCAACAAGAAGAAAAUGGUUCUUGUGUGUUAGAAGUUAAGAUAAUUAAGGUGAUAAUAUGAAGCACCAAAGCGUACCUUCUAACGGUGAUAAUAUGAAGAUUGGUGAUUGUGACUUUAUGUCAUGGUUUAUUUAUAACAAUAUAUUACUUCAAUAAUGUAAUAGUAUAUGUAUACGUAGAUAAUGAUGUUGUACCUAGCAUGAUCUUGUAUUAUAUGCAAGUUGAACUAAUAAAAAACCAUUUCUGCAGGCACCCCUGCUUUAUUUUCA